UUUAAUGUGUAUAAUGUAAAAUUUAAGACAAUAAUUAUGGAUAAAAAUAUAUGUUGUAAAAAGAUCUUAUGGCACAGUCAAACAGAAAAAGCAGCAGUUCUUAAAUUGGACGUAUAUAUAAAAAAACACGAACAAAAAUUCGGAAAAAUACUAUUCCAAAAAAUGUUGUCACGAAAACAAUUAAAAUUACUAAGACUUAUGCAUAAAUUAAUGAGAGCUAUCGAGAAAGCAGAGAUUGAUAAACAACAAGCAUUUCAAUUGCUAAAGGCAUCUAACGAUGCAAUAAAAGCAACGAUUUCUACAUUUCAAGAUUCAAUGAAACGAUACAAAGAAAGCGUGAAAACGGAAUUUGCAAAACUCGAUUGUUUAAGUACAAAUCGACUUUUAAGUAUUAAUUGUACAUAUACAUAAUUUAUCAAUGUUGAACAAGUAUAUUAUAAGAUACCUAAAAGUAAAAUAUUUUUUUAACUAUUAUUAU